GGCUCAAAAGCAAAACAACGUUCGGAGACUCCAAAUCCACGAUGGACAUCACGCAGCUCUUCAAAGCGUGCAUCAAGACGGCAAAAUUGCAGGAUGGAGCUCUUCCGGUGCCCGACAAAAAUCGCAUUCUCAAACAAUCGAUGAGCAAAAAUGAUUUUCUCAAGGCAUCGCACACGAUUCGGAACCAAGUAACGCAGUUGCGGAAUUUGUUGAUGGAGAAUCGAGCUGCCUAUCUCGAAUAUGCGUGCCAUUUGAAGGAUUCCGCCAAGAUGACAGACAAGGAGCGUGAUAUCCUGGAUGAGGAAACGUCGAAAAUCAUCAAUAUUUGCACACAAAUGAUCAACGACUUUCGCGGGGAGUGUCGAAAGAGGAAGCCAAGUCAGCAAUUUGCCGAUCAUUUGGAUGGCAUUAUCGAGUUACUCAUGGAUUACCUGAAAGCCAUCGAUAAUUUGCACAAACAGCAGAAAGAAUAUCGCGUGAAUCGCCAAAUAGAGACUUAUAAAUUCCUAAAAUUGGGUGCUGGCAAGUCGAUUAAAGUGCGAUUGUCGACGGGAGACAAAAAUAAGAAGAAAAAUGGGUUAAAUAGCCAUGGCGAGACAGAUGAAGACGAAGAGGAAGAAGAUUUGGAGACUUCUUUCGCAGAAAAACGCGAACAAUCCGCAAGUUAUAACAAAGUGCCUCCGAAAAAAAGUCCCAAACCGAAGAAACGCUUGUCGAAUCAAUCCUCAAACUUGCCGAUGGACGACGAAGAGCUCAACCAAAGUCAAAGUUUCAUCGCGGAAGAAGAAAUUAACCCGGAAGACCUUCAAAUGUUGGAACAGGAGAACAAACAACUCUUCACCGAACUGCAAGGACUCUCCGAGGAAGUUGAACAAAUCGAAAAGAACGUCGUUGGUAUCGCAAAACUCCAAGAUAUCUUCACUGAAAAGGUCACCCUCCAAAAAUCAGACAUCGAUAGAAUAGCAAAUUCCGUGGUCGGUUCAACGGAAAACGUGAAAGACGCUAAUGAGCAAAUUAAGCAGGCAAUUCAGAGAAAUGCUGGAUUACGGGUUUAUGUGUUGUUUUUCCUUCUGGUCAUGUCAUUUACGUUACUUUUCCUCGAUUGGUACAACGACUGAGCGGAAAAGUCUCUCGUGUGUGUCGGUUUAUGUGUAAUAAUAAUAAUAAUACGAGAUACUGAUAUUAUGUUAAUUAACUAGAAAAAAUAUGAGAGAAAAUAUAAUAUAUAAGCUUUUUUUGCAUUUAUAGAAAAAUUCAAAAAAAAAUGUGUUAGAAAUUUAAAAUUUACUUAAUUAGAAUUCAGAUCAAUAACGAAGUUCCCUAUGUUGGACUACUUAAAGCUUGAUUUUUAUUGUAUUUGUAUGGAAGUAACACAUACAGGCAAAGGCAACAAGUGAGUCUGAUUUGAUAGCCGGCGUUUUUUGAUCACAGAGAAGAAAAUUUAACUU